CAAGAAGCUCUGGAAAGUGGAGUCGUGAGUUCUCGCGAUGCGAGAUUAGCGAAGCCAGACUGCGAUACCGACACGAUUCCAGUACGAGUACUGAUAAAAUUCAGAAAUGUCGGGUCGCUCGGUCCGCGCGGAGACCCGAAGCCGCGCUAAAGAUGACAUUAAGAAAGUGAUGGCGGCUAUCGAGAGAGUACGGAGAUGGGAGAAGAAAUGGGUCACAGUUGGAGAUACAUCAUUAAGAAUAUUUAAAUGGGUUCCUGUAGUGGACACAAAGGAGAAGGACAAGAGCAAAGUGUCUGUGGGUGGAGAGAUCCAACGGAAAAAUUUUCCCACAGAGGAGUCAUCUGAUAACUCUUCUGUACUGUUAGAUUUUCAAGAUGAGAACAGCAACCUAAGUUCUCUGUCAGACUCCUACCUGCAUAAAGCAGCUGCAGACAGCAGCAAUAACUCCAGUCCACAGCUCAGUGAGCCGGUCAGCCCUGCACCUCAGAGUCUAGACUACCGUACAGAUGACCCACAGCCGCCCACCCUCGGCCAAGAAAUCAUGGAAGAGCCACUGCUGCAGUCAAGUGAGAUUGCAGAUGAGCCGCCAACACUGAUCAAAGAAGAUCUUUUACCCCUCACUGCUCAGGAGGAUGAGGACAGUUGUGGAGCCCCACCACUGAAAAGAAUCUGUACCGAGCAGGUCUCGGUCAUCCAGGCAGCCCCUCUUAGCUAACACACACACACACACACACACACACUGUACACUGGGCAUUGAUAAUCAGUCAGACUGAUCACUGACCUUCCUAGAACUGCUG